GUCUCUGUGGGCUUCCAGUGCAGCAACAUGCUCACGGCACUUCCCAGCGCCUUCCUGGACAGGCUGCUCUCCGCAGCCCUCAUGGAGGAUCCGGAGAUCCGCCUCUUUGUCCUGGAGAUUCUCAUCAGCUUCAUCGAUCGCCACGGGAACCGGCAGAAGUUCUCCACCAUCAGCACCAUCGGCGACAUCUCGGUCCUGAAGCUGAAAGUGGACAAAUGCUCGCGCCAAGAUACCGUCUUCAUGAAGAAGCACGGCCAACAGCUCUACCGGCACAUCUACCUGAUAUGCAAGGAGGAGAGCAAUGUGCAGGCUCAUUACGAGGCUCUCUACAGCAUGCUGAUGCUCAUCAGCAUCGAGUUGGCUAACGAGGAGGUGGUGGUGGACCUCAUCCGCCUGGUGCUGGCAGUGCAGGAAAUCGCCCAGAUCAACGAGGAUAACUUGACAGCGUACAACCGCUGCGCGCUCUUUGCCCUCGGUGCAGCUUACCUGAACCUCAUCAGCCAGCUCACCACCGUGCCCACCUUCUGCCAGCACAUCCACGAGGUGAUCCAGAUGCGACAGAAGGAAGCUCCCUAUCUGCUCCCUGAAGACGUGUUUGUGGAGAGACCCAGAUUGAGCAAGAGCCUUGACCGCCUGGGUCCGGAGGUCUUUUUCUGGCAGAGCAAGAUCAGCGAGGUGCUGGGCGGCAGCGGUUACAACUCGGACCGGCUCAGCACACCCUACAUCCCCCAGCUGACGGAUGAAGAUCGCUUGUCCAAGAGGAAGAGCAUUGGCGAGACCAUUUCCCUGCAGGUCGAGGUGGAGUCGAGAAACAGCCCCGAGCGAGAGCAGAGAGCACCAGCGGAAGAGAUCACGUACGAGACGCUGAAGAAGGCGAUAGACAGUGUCGCCGUGGAGGAGCAGGAGCGGGAGCGGAGGCGGCAAGUGGUGGAGAAAUUUCAGAAAGCCCCGUUCGAGGAGAUCGCCGCCCACUGCGGCGCCCGGGCGACGCUGCUGCAGAGCAAGCUCAACCAGAUCUUCGAGAUCACCAUACGGCCACCUCCAAGUCCCUCCGGUACCAUCACAGCUGCCUACGGCCAGCCCCAAAACCAUUCCAUCCCGGUGUACGAGAUGAAGUUCCCGGACCUGUGCGUGUACUGAGAGCGGCCGUGCUGGGAGGGCAGAGGCUCCGCUGCACAGCUCGCACCGAAGGAUCUCCUGGGGAGAGACUGCUGACCCUGCGGGGAGCGCAUCCUCGCGCAGGACGGGUGGGGACAAAGACACCGAGGCCACCCCAAGAUUCGUUGGCACCACAAA